GGGAUACCCCCGGGGCGGGGGGGGCGUGGCGUCCGCCCGGCCCCGCCCCCGUUGCUACAGCGACGUUGUCAGCAACCCUCAGGCCACGCCUCCCGCCCCGCCUGGGCCAAUGGCGCCGCGGCGGCUGGCCUGCUCGCCAGUGACAUCACGGCCGGUGAAAAUCCCCCGUGGCCGCGGGAGCGGCGGCGGUGGUGGCCCCCGGUCCGGUGCGGUCCCCGACCCGCCCCGCCCCGCCCCGCCCCGCAGCAUGGCCAAGCACCACCGCACGCCGGCGCGUUCCGCCGAGCCCGUCAUCGAGGUCAAGAGCAAGUUUGAUGCAGAAUUUCGCCGCUUUGCCAUGAAGCGCACUGGCACAGGCAGCUUCCAGGACUUCUACUGCCUGCUGCAGACAGUGCACCAGAUCCCACGGGUGGAUGUGCUCCUGGGCUACACGGACGUCCACGGCGACCUCCUGCCCAUCAACAAUGACGACAAUUACCACAAAGCCCUGUCCUCCGCCAACCCCCUCCUCAGGGUCAUCAUCCAGAAGAAGGAGUCUGACGCCAGCGUCUUUGCCUCAAACUCCUUGCAGCGGAAGAAGAAGGGGCUGCUGCGCCCCACACACUACCGGGCUAAGCCUCACCUCCUCAUCGGCAUGCCCCAGGACUUCCGCCAGAUCUCCUCCAUCAUCGACGUGGACAUCCUGCCCGAGACUCACCGCCGCGUGCGGCUCCACAAGCACGGCUCCGACAAGCCACUGGGCUUCUACAUCCGCGAUGGCGUCAGUGUGCGUGUGGCCCCACAGGGAGUUGAGAAGGUGCCCGGCAUCUUCAUCUCCCGCCUGGUGAAGGGUGGCUUGGCCGAGAGCACAGGGCUGCUGGCGGUGAGCGACGAGAUCCUGGAGGUCAAUGGCAUCGAUGUGUCCGGCAAGUCCCUGGACCAGGUGACGGACAUGAUGGUGGCCAACAGCCACAACCUCAUCAUCACCGUCAAGCCGGCCAACCAGCGCAACAAUGUCAUCCGCAGCAGCAAGGCCUCGGGCAGCUCAGGCAUGUCCACAGACAGCACCCCCAGCCAGCAGACCCCCAGCCCGGCCUCGCAGUACCUGAGCAACUACAGUACGGCCGAGAGUGAUGAGGAAGGGGACCUGGUCAUUGAGAGUGACAGCGCACCCCACUACAUCCCCGGGAGAUGCCCCAAUGGGGGCCCCGUGGAUGGACCCCUCCAGCAGAGCCUGUCCCCGCACAGCUCACGGGGUUCCCUGCAGUCCCUGGGCAGCCACAAUGGCAGCCCUGGCCGGGGCAGCGGGUGGGAGGACGGCACCCUCCUCACCCUAUAGCCAUGGGGUCCUUUGCCACCCUCGGUGGCCAGCUAGGUUUCCCUGCAGCUGGGCUGGUCAUGGGCACAGGGGCGAUGACAGGGCUGGCGGGCAGGGGUAGAGCAGGGCUGUCUGCUGCCCUCUCCUGCCACCCAUGUCCCCAGGAGUCCCGCUGUGGCGCCUGCUCCCGCCAGCCCCCUUGCCUCCCACCCCCCUCCUUCCAAGCAAGUGGGGUUUUUUUAACUGUUUUAUGAAAACAUGCAUCAUCAAUUAAUAUAUUGCAAUGGACAGUAAAACCUUUUCUAG